CUCAAUCCCAUCUUCUCUUCUUCCCUGAAUCCCUGCCCGCUGUCUGGACUUGCCUCCAUGUGGUGUAGCUUGUCCCCCUCGAACAUGCUCGUCUCUCGCGUUUUCCCUUCUAUGCACUGAGAGAGUACGUCAAGAGGUCGGGAUCUGGGCUGUUAACUCCACCAUGCCAUCUUUUUCACUGCCCACCUGCCAUUUAUAAGACAGUGCCCGCCUAGACCUGUGAGGCUGAGAUCUUGAACCUUCUGGUGAUAUCCAAGUUUAGCAUCCGUGAUCUCGUUGAACCAAAAGCCUACACCCGGCAAGCAAGCAAUCCCUCCUUGCCCAGUCCUUAAACUCGUUGCCUGAUCGGAUUGGGUCUCAUUAUAAGUCCAUCUCGGCCUCCAGCCUUCAGACUUGGUCACUGGCUUGAUACAUGUGGACGACGCUUGGAUAUACAUACAAACUUUCAGCAACACAUCUCGACUUCCAACUCCCCCAAAAAGGCUCGCCCGUAUGUGCCACCCAGACUUUCUUUCUAGUCCUUCUUUAGCAAUGGCUUCCGGCUUUCCUGAGCAGGGUUGCGAGGACUCUUACUCACUUCCGCCCAGAUCCAGAGCAGGAAGCCGCGUAUCAGCUACUGCUGCUCAGUUCGCCAACAUCCAACUAGUCGAUUCCCCCAGAACGCUACCGUUAGAGUCCAGCCCCUCGGUCAGGUCUGAGGCUCUCCACUCCUCUGGCUAUAUCAGUCCCAACCCGCCCAGCUCGGCCACCUUCCUCUCCUCCCCCAACCCACAAGGAUACUCGCCCUUCCCUCUGCUACCACCCGACAUCUUGAAUGCAGAGUGGAACGAGCACGAGGUGCAUCAUACUUCGGAUUCAGCCCCUCUCGUUAGAGUAGACCCUGCCCGAGACUACUCCUCCAAUCAGUCCUCUCCGCCACUUCUAGCCGAAGCAAGCAUGAGCGCUAUUGCUAUGCAAUUCGACCCUUCUUUCACCAUGGGAAGCCGAUCAUCCUUCACCUGGCCCGGCCUCGAUAACAGCGAGUCGAGCGGGGCGCUACUCGGCCACAACCUCUCAUCGCUUGGGCACGUACCAGACACCAGCCUUACGCCUCCCAGCGGAUCCAGAUCAGUAACAUCGAGCCCGCCGCGGGGGACUCUAACACCGGAGCAGCGAGAACUGAAGAAGCAGAGGGACAUGGCGCGCCGGGACUCGAAAACAUCACAGCGCGUCAGGAGGGCGGGGAGCAACCCCUACGUCCACUCGCCGCCACUCAGCCUACCAGACAUAUCGUCGACGAUGGGCGUCCCGAUCUACACGACAGCACCGGCGCCGAUCUCGUUGCUCUCAGAACCAACAACAACAAUGGGGUCAUCAUCGUACCUGCCGUCCUACAGCCCGCCUUUAUCAGACCACGGCUACCAAAGCGGGUACCCCCCCAUGGCCUCGGCCUACGGCAUGGGUGGCAUGGACUACUCGCCACAGUUCCAACAACCAACACAUUACGGAAGCCGACCGCAGAUGCCCGUUGGACAAGACCCAAGCAUGAUGUACGGCGUGCCACCCUCGAUGGGCGGCGGCCCCGGAACCCCAGACCAGGGACACGUCAGGGUGGUGCAGAGUCGUCCCAAGCCGCAGUGUUGGGAGCAUGGCUGCAACGGGCGCCAAUUUUCGACCUUCAGCAACCUGCUGAGGCACCAGAGGGAGAAGUCUGGCCAGGCCACCAAGGCGACGUGCCCCAACUGCGGAGCCGAGUUUACGAGGACGACGGCGAGGAACGGCCACCUCCUCCACGACAAAUGCAAGCAGCAGCAGCAGCAGCAGCAGCGCCGGAACACGUAGAUAUUGGUUGGGAUUAGGACGCCCGGCUUGGAAACCAACCGAGCCAGCCGAACCAACCAUGCAAGCAGCAAACGAGCAACGACUACCAAAGUCCCAUAUUCAGUCUGCUGCUCAUCCUAGGGGGCGGGCACCCUUGCCCCCCCCCCCCCC